AUGGCGGCGUCCAGCCCUGCGGCGGUUCCCUCUGUCCCGGAGAACGAGAGCGGCGCCGUGGCGACCAAACCGAAGCCCCCGGCCAUCACGCCGCAGAAGGUGCGGGAGCUGAUCGACGAAGGGAUCGCCCCGGAGGAGGCCGGGCCGGACAGGAAAGAUCCUUCUGUCCUCAGUGAAGUGGCCAAUGGCUCUCCCGACACCAAUGAGCUACCGUUUGAAGCCACUAGCAAAGACGCUUUCUUCAGCAGAGUGGAAACAUUCACCUCCCUCAAAUGGGCAGGCAAGCCCCACGAGCUGUCCCCCCUGAUCUGUGCCAAGUACGGAUGGACCAACGUGGAGUGCGACAUGUUGAAAUGCUCCAGCUGCCAAGCUUACCUGUGUGCCAGCCUGCAGCUGUCUUUCGACUUCAGCAAGUAUCGGUUUUCGGUGCUGCUGGUGGAGGAGCCCCGGGCUCUUUUUGACGACUUCCUCGAACGCUUCCAGAAUCUGUGUCGGCUGCAACUUCAGCUGCCUUCCCUGAAGCCAGACAGUCUCAAAAACGUGGCCUUGACGGAGGAGAAGGUUAGCUUUCUCUUACAAUUGAUUGAGGAGGAGGAGGUGGAGGAAGAGGAGGAGGAGGAGAAGUGCAAAACCGAAGGCGAGAAGACAUCGACAAAGCAGUCUUCAGACCUCCUUCACGUCCACAUCACGGCUUGCAUCCUGGCCCUUUGCGGCUGGACCAGCAGCCCUCCGUCCGGAUCCGUCCACCUGCCCCUGAUCAGCUGCUGCCGCUGCAUCAGGCGAGUGGGGCUGUGGGGUUUUCAGCAGCUGGAGACCACCGAGUCCGAGACGGGGACUCCCUCCGCCGUUGCCCCCACUGCUGAGAAGGUCCCUCUGGGGCCCACCUCCCCACGCCGGAUGAUCACCAGGAGCCAGGACACCAACGUCCCCCUGGGCUUGGAGCAGCACGAGAAGAGCCCCUCCCCGGUCGCCAGCCGCACGCGGGGCGGGGACAGCUUCAGCGAGCGCCCCGAGGCCGAAGCCGCCAGCCCCACCACCCGGAGCCGGCCGGUGACCCGCAGCAUGGGCCACGGGGACGUCUGCGGCCUGGGCGCCGAAGUGUCCUCCAGCCCUCACCGCAGAGCCAAGCGGCCACGCCUGUACUCCUCCAGCAGUUCGGAUUCAAUGACCCGGGUUUACUUUGACCCCCUUGCCCAGCACCGUGACUGGUGCCCGUGGGUCAACGAGGUGAAGGAGGCAACGGUGCUUGGAACCAAAGGAGAUUCCUUGGAGGAGAAGGCAGACCGUGGCUGGCAGGUGGUCAUGAAAGUUCUCCAGGCUUCCAGGCAGUCAGACAAGCCAGCCCAUCUGGAGAGCGAGAGUCUCUCGGCCAAAAGCCGCAAAGUCUUCCAGAUUUUCCGCCAGUGGGAAGCCGCCUGCUCUUCCUGA